AUGUCAGCACAAGACUACUACGGCGGCACCCGCCAAAACACCCACACCCCAGGAGGCGGCUCCUCCUCCCGCCACCUCUCCGCGGGCCCCCUCAUAGAUAGCGCAGGCUACCGCCCCCGCUCCGCAAACUCAGAACGCCCUCACUCCUCCUUCUCCUCUCUCGGCCUCCCGGGCUCCUCCUCCCACCACCGCUCCCGAUCCUCCGGUCCACCAGGCUACGACGCCCAACUCGGCACAGGCCAAGAAGGCGAACGCGGCCUCGUCUCCACCAUCGGCGGCGGCGCGGCAGGAGGGUACGCAGGAAAGAAGUUCCUCGGCGGGAAACUCGGCGCCGUGGCGGGUGCUCUGGGCGGCGCGGUGGUCGCGAAUAAGCUGGAGCACAGGUUGAGUGGGAGUCAUCACUCCAGCAGCCACAGUCAUGGACACCACGGGCAUCACGGACACCACCACCCGCCGCCUCCUCCGCCCCCGCCUCCCCAUCACUACGGAGGUCAUCACCACCACCAUCACGGCGGACCUCCCCCGCCACCCUACGGAGGCCACCACUACGGUCCGCCGCACCAUGGUCCCCCGCACCACGGCGGAAGCCACCACUCUUCCGGUGGCUUCGGCGGUCUGGUCGGUUCGUUGAUGGGACGUGAGAAGCAUGGACACCACGGCGGGCCUCCUCAUCACGGGGGUGGUCACCACGGACAUCAUGGCCACCACGGAGGCUGGUAG